AUGUUUUCUGGAGUUAGUUCUGGUAACAGUACUAGUUCUGAUAACAAUACUAGUUCUGUCAACAGUACUAGUUCUGGUAACAGUGCUAGUUCUGGUAACAGUGCUAGUUCUGGUAACAGCACUAGUUCUGGUAACAGUACUAGUUUUGGUAACAGCACUAGUUUUGGUAACAGCACUUGUUCUAGUAACAGUAUUAGUUUUGGUAACAGCACUAGUUCUGGUAACAGCACUAGUUCUGGUAACAGUACUAGUUUUGGUAACAGUACUAGUUCUGGUAACAGCACUAGUUCUGGUAACAGUACUAGUUUUGGUAACAGUACUAGUUCUGGUAACAGUACUAGUUCUGGUAACAGCACUAGUUCUGGUGACAAUACUAGUUCUGGUUACAGUACUGUUUCUGGUAACAAUAUACUAGUUCUGGUAACAGUACUAGUUCUGAUAACAAUACUAGUUCUGUCAACAGUACUAGUUCUGGUAACAGCACUAGUUCUGGUAACAGUACUAGUUUUGGUAACAGUACUAGUUCUGGUAACAGUACUAGUUCUGGUAACAGUACUAGUUUUGGUAACAGUACUAGUUCCGGUAACAAUACUAGUUUUGGUAACAGUACUAGUAAAAGUUCCGAUGUUAUGA